UAUUCAUUUCAAUCGAUCAAAUUGAAAAAAAGAUAUAAUAUAGUAAUACAUCUAAUGAUUUUUUUCACCGGAGUUGCGCGAAACUCAUUGAAAACUAACCACCGCCUAACUUAUCUUUACUAAAAAUUAUUGAGAAUGCAUGCAACUUUUCAGAACCUGUUCUUAUUAGCAUAUACUUCUCUUGAUAGGAAACCUCUAAUGUACCAGAGACCCCAUCGUGAAUCAAUGAUAGAAAAUGAAAAUUAAAUUCCAACCCCAAUCCAUCUCCAACGGUCAAAAUCCUUACCCCAAAACCUCAUACUCACUCUCCUUCCUCCACACAUCCCACUCCUUGCCUACAUACCAGAAAGAACUCACAAAGAAGAGACAUGUAGAUAAGAUUUCGUAAAAGAAUAAUCAAAAUCCACAGAGCAGAUCCUCUUUUACGCUCUGUACUUUAGGGAGACCCGUAAAAACAUGACCUGCUCAAAUAUGACAAUCUGGGUGUCCUCAAAACCUUCUCUUCCUGAUGCUUCUUCACUUUCUUUCCGUUCCUUUCUCAACCCUUUUCAGGUUCCUUCCAAUAAUUUUGCCUCUUGCAGCCCCUCUCAAUCGGUGACCCCAAUCCACUGUGGUCUUUGUGAGCUCCGAGGCCGUAUUGAUUCUGUGAAGAACACCCAGAAGAUCACUGAGGCUAUGAAACUUGUUGCUGCUGCUAAAGUCAGAAGAGCGCAAGAAGCCGUCGUUAAUGGAAGACCCUUUUCAGAAACUCUGGUAGAAGUUCUUUACAACAUCAAUGAGCAGCUACAAACUGAAGACAUAGAUGUCCCUCUUACUAAUGUUAGGCCUGUCAAGAAGGUUGCCUUGGUUGUUGUCACCGGUGAUAGGGGUCUUUGCGGCAGUUUCAACAAUUCAAUUAUUAAGAAAGCCGAAGCCAGGAUUGCUGAACUGAAGGAUCUUGGUUUUGAUUAUACUGUUAUUAGUGUAGGUAAAAAGGGAAACACGUACUUCCUUUGGAGGCCUUAUAUUCCGGUUGAUAAGUUUAUUGAGGGUAAAACACUCCCUACUGCCAAAGAAGCUCAGGCCAUUGGUGAUGACGUUUUCUCACUCUUUGUUAGUGAAGAGGUGGAUAAGGUAGAGCUUUUGUACACCAAAUUCGUAUCCUUGGUGAAGUCCGAUUGGAUUAUUCAUACCUUGCUACCUCUCUCACCAAAGGGAGAAAUUUGUGAUGUGAAUGGAAACUGUGUGGAUGCUGCUGAGGACGAGUUCUUCAGACUUACAACCAAGGAAGGAAAACUGACGGUGGAGAGAGAUACUGUUAGGACGCAGACAGCUGAAUUCUGGUCCAUUUUGCAGUUUGAGCAGGACCCAGUUCAGAUUCUUGAUGCUUUGCUGCCUCUCUAUUUGAACAGCCAGAUUUUGAGGGCAUUGCAGGAAUCACUAGCCAGUGAGCUGGCUGCUAGGAUGAGUGCCAUGAGCAGUGCUACUGAUAAUGCAGUGGAGUUGAAGAAGAACCUGUCUAUUCUCUACAAUAGAGAGCGCCAGGCGAAAAUCACGGGUGAGAUAUUGGAGAUUGUUGCUGGUGCCAAUGCUUUAACCUAGUUAACCAAGAUUCUGAUCCCCCCAUAGUUGUGCUUCUUUAUAGGUAAUCUAAUGGAUGUUUCUUAAUUCAUUCAAAUAUGCUUGUUUAAGAACAGUUAUGCAGAAUUUACACCUUUUCAUCGAAAUUCUCAUGCGUGUAGACUUUGUGCAGACAAUAAGAACUGCAAUGUAUUUUGAAACAGAGGAGCAUUCGACUUAUUUUGUUAUGUAAAUUUUUCUCCCGUAUAAACUUGUAUUAUUUGAAAA